UCGCAGCAUCUUCGGAUUCGCUCACAGGUCAAAAUGCAGAUCUUCGUGAAGACCUUGACUGACAAGACCAUCACCCUGGAGGUGGAGCCCAGUGACACCAUCGAGAACGUGAAGGCCAAGAUCCAGGAUAAAGAAGGCAUCCCCCCUGACCAGCAGAGGCUCAUCUUUGCAGGCAAACAGCUGGAAGAUGGCCACACUCUUUCUGAUUACAACAUCCGGAAAGAGUCUACCCUGCACCUGGUCCUCCGUCUGAGGGGUGGCUGUUAAUUAUUCAGUCUUGCGUUCAUAAUGCCCAAUGAUGGCAUCACU